UCACCAAGCUGAGACGCAUCAUCGACCAGUCUCCGUGAACGCGCGCCCACACUCCGCUGCCACCGCCGCCAGGAUCGCUUUCUCCUCCGUACCCCCCUCACCCCUCCCCCUCCCUAAAUGCGAGAUGCUCGGCCAAAUUCAAUUAAAUCAAGCAAAGCCGAGCGAGUGCGCGCGCCUUGUCGGAGAGGAAGCGUUCAUUUGCGCCUGCAUCCAAGCGGGUUAAAACAAGUGGGAAGGUCAUUUAAAGUGAAGGUAGGAAGGAGGGAGGUAGGCUGCGUGGAGCCGAAGCGGAACCGGAGCCGGAACGGAGCGGAGCAUGCUUGCGGAGGAAGAAGACGGCACCGUCAACUGGCAACAUCUGUAAGUUCUCCCUGGGAGAUUUCGUCUGCCAGUAAACAUGCCGGUGAGAAGAGGACACGUCGCUCCACAAAACACAUUUCUUGGGAUAAUUAUCCGGAAAUUCGAGGGGCAGAACCGUAAAUUUGUAAUAGCCAACGCCAGGGUGGAAAACUGUGCCAUCAUCUACUGCAACGACGGCUUCUGCGAGAUGACGGGCUUCUCCAGGCCGGACAUCAUGCAGAAGCCGUGCACCUGCGACUUCCUCCACGGAGAGCAGACGGACAAGGAAGCCAUAGGCCAGGUGGGCCAGGCUCUAAGGGGCUCCGAGGAGCGCAAGGUGGAGAUCACCUACUAUCGCAAAGACGGGUCGGACUUCCAGUGUACUAUUCAUAUCAUCCCAGUGAAGAACGAAGAAGGUGUGGUGAUGAUGUUCAUCCUGAAUUUUGAUUACGUUUUGGAUGAGGGGAGCGACAACUCCACGGAGAAGAUAAGCCCCGCAUCGCCCACAAAGUCUGAUCAAAGGAGUCGAUUUUUCCGCUUCCGCCAGGCCGCCUUGAGUCUGAUGAAUACCAACAAGCAAUCGCUUCCGCAAGAGGACCCAGACGCCGUGAUGGUGGACUCGCCCAAAGACAACGAGGACUCGGUUGCCCUGCAGAGCUUCCCCUCGCCCACCAAGAGCAUGUGCAGUCCAAUGGAAGCCAACGACACCCACGCCCUCAUCAGCUCCAGCCACCACUCUUCUCCAACCAGCGUGGCGGCCGAACCCCUCGACCAUUCGUCCCCCAAACUACCGUGGGAGAAGAUUUACCAGACGGAGGUACACCAGUCCUCAACCUCCUUAUCCAAUACCUUCCCGAGAGAAAGCAUCACGAGCAUGAGGCGGGCGUCCUCUGUCCAUGAGAUCGAAGGCUACAGCUCCAGUUCCAAAAGCAUAUUUAGGGACCGUCAUCCAAACGAAGGUCCGUUUAACCACGUCAAGUCCAGCCUGCUGGGCUCUACGUCGGAUUCCAACAUCAACAAGUACAGCACCAUCAACAAGAUCCCCCUGAUCGCGCUCACCUUCUCCGAAGGUAUCGACAAGAAGACUCACUCUCCUCCAACGUCGGAGAAGACCAUCAUAGCGCCAAAGGUCAAAGACAGGACACACAACGUCACGGAGAAAGUCACACAGGUCUUGUCACUGGGCGCCGACGUUCUUCCAGAGUACAAGCUACAGACGAACCGCAUCGACAAGUUCACCAUCCUGCAUUACAGCCCGUUCAAAGCGGUGUGGGACUGGCUGAUCUUGCUGCUGGUCAUCUACACGGCCAUCCUCACGCCUUACUCCGCCGCCUUCCUCCUCAACGACCAAGAGGAGCAGAGGAGGCGCAAAUGCGGCUACUCCUGCAGCCCUCUGAACGUGGUGGAUCUGAUCGUGGACAUCAUGUUCAUCAUCGACAUCCUCAUCAACUUCAGGACCACGUACGUCAACCAGAACGAGGAGGUGGUCAGCCACGCCGCCAAGAUAGCCAUCCAUUACUUUAAAGGCUGGUUCCUAAUAGACAUGGUGGCGGCCAUCCCCUUUGACCUGCUGAUCUUCGGUUCAGGAUCGGAUGAGACGACCACCCUGAUCGGCCUCCUGAAGACAGCGAGGCUGCUCCGUCUGGUUCGAGUGGCCAGGAAGCUGGACCGCUACUCAGAGUACGGCGCCGCCGUGCUGAUGCUGUUGAUGUGCAUCUUCGCUCUCAUCGCCCACUGGUUGGCUUGCAUUUGGUACGCCAUCGGCAAUGUGGAAAAGCCUUACUUGGAGCACAAGAUCGGCUGGCUGGACAAUCUGGGAGUGUCCAUCGGGAAGAAAUACAACUACAGCGAUCCCAACUCUGGUCCGUCCAUUAAGGACAAGUACGUCACGGCGCUUUACUUCACCUUCAGCAGUUUAACCAGCGUUGGAUUUGGCAACGUUUCGCCCAACACAAAUUCGGAGAAGAUCUUUUCCAUUUGUGUCAUGCUGAUCGGAUCCCUUAUGUACGCCAGCAUCUUUGGAAACGUCUCGGCCAUCAUCCAGAGGUUGUACUCGGGCACUGCACGCUACCACGCGCAAAUGUUACGGGUCAAAGAGUUCAUCCGUUUUCAUCAGAUACCCAAUCCGCUGAGGCAGAGGCUGGAGGAGUAUUUCCAGCACUCCUGGGCCUACACCAACGGCAUCGACAUGAACACGGUGCUCAAAGGUUUUCCGGAGUGCCUGCAGGCAGAUAUUUGUCUUCAUCUCAAUAAUAAUCUCCUGCACAACUGCAAAGUGUUCCAAGGAGCCACCAAAGGCUGCCUGAGGGCCUUGGCUAUGCACUUCAAGACCACUCACGCCCCUCCCGGAGACACUCUGGUCCACAGCGGCGACGUACUCACUGCUCUCUACUUCCUCUCCCGCGGGUCUAUUGAGAUCCUGAAAGAUGACAUUGUGGUGGCCAUUUUGGGGAAAAACGACAUUUUUGGUGAAAUGAUCCAUCUAUUUGCCAAACCUGGAAAGUCCAACGCUGAUGUGCGAGCUCUGAGUUACUGCGACCUGAGCACCAUCCAACGGGAGGACCUUUUGGAGGUGUUGGACAUGUAUCCGGAGUUUGCUGACUACUUCUUUGCCAACCUGGAGCUGACCUUCAAUCUCAGAGAUGAAUCUGCAAAGCCCCCGAGUCCCGAGGGCUGCGACUCUGACGGUGAGGGCACCAGAAGCAUUAAAAGAAGGAUUUCCUUCACACCGGAGCCGCCCAAAGUGGAACUCAAUGAAGUCAGUCCAGAAGUGGAAAGUAGGAGGGAGUCAAAUCUGUGCCUAAAGAGAUGUUCCCAAGUUCGGGGUCCCUCGACACCCAGCAGCCCUGUUCUCGACUCUAAUCUUCUCGGACACAACGAGGUCACAGACGGCUUGAGGAGAAGUCCAUCUUUUCAAGAUCUGUGCUGUGAUAAAUGGGUGUGCAAGAAGCCGGGCGACUACCUGGAUGAGUCAGCAGCACACUUCCACGAGCUAAGAGGAGAUGAUAAUUCGGCUAGCGAGCUUACCUACGGAGAGGUGGAACAGCGCCUAAAUCAACUGCAGGAGCAUUUGAACAGGUUGGAGUCUCAGCUAACGUCCGACAUUCAGACCAUCCUGCAGCUGCUGCAGAGACAGCCCGCGUUGGGUCCUCCAGCUUACAGCACUGUGACCGCCAGUCCAGACUAUAGCGGAUCUGCCGUGAAGAUUCAGCCCGCUGCCUUGACAGCGAGCCAUUUUUUCAGCCAUACGCAAAGUCAAGGACCUAACCACAAAGUAAAGAGGGCCUUCCAAGAAUCCAAAGACUCCAGGCCGAGCUUGGCCAGCUUGAAGGUCCCAGUUGAGGACAACCUUUCAACGUUGCUUUUACAAAGACAAGCAGAACAGCAACAAGAGAUUAGCAGGGUGCAACAGUCCACGUUGAUCCUAAUUCCGACAUCGUCCUCGUCUUCGCCUCCUUCCGACUGCAACCUCAACGCCACUGGACUCCACAGACCCGACUCAGACCCAGAGCUACAGAGACCAUAAACCUCUCAACAUUUGUGUUCAAACCUCUGGGUGAAAAUGCUGUAAUUACAUAGUAGACACUUUUUAUCAGCAUGCUGCAACAGACAAAUAUAUAUUUCUUGAUUUGCAGUUGCUUAGUAGUAUAUAUUUAAUGUGGUUUUUUUUCUUAUGCAUUUGGAUGAAAUACUGUUGUUGCAGUACAACAGUACCGUUGGUAUAAAUAUGUAUUUUCAAUGUAAAAGCACUCAGAGAGCGCAAAGCACCAACAAGGCCACUAUAGAGCACCGACAGCCGUUCUGUUUUAUGCAAAACCUCACACAUAUGGUAGUGUACAUUAUGUCUGGACAGACAAAAAGAAAUAUCAAAAAUAUGCUCGCAUUUUUACCGUAAAGGUCAUAAUUAAACAUCGCUUGAGAAAUGGAAAAGCUAGUAGAAUAGGACUGACACGCAAUGACAUAUUCACCAGCAGUCGCCUCCUCCAAGCUGUUCAAUUUAGUGAGAGUUUGAACAAAAAAAAAAAAUUGUGUACUGUUAAGUAUUUUUAAAAAGAUCUUUUUUUUUGGCUCUUUCUAUAAAUGAAUGUGAUGAAAAUCUAAUUGCCUAAUUGGUUUGAAAUGAGCCAAUAUAUGGAUGGAAAAGAGAAAAUAUGUUUUUAGCACAACAUUUUUUGGGAUAUGUAAUUUGGUAGAAUGGAUAUAAAAAAAAAUCUACACCUCCCUGUUCAAUUUCCAGGUUUUGGUGAGAAAUAAUUUCAAAACCUUUUCCGCCAUGAACCAGUCGACCAAUACCCCACAAAACUCAAUUGAAUUUGUUUUUAAUCUAUUCAAGAGUGGAAGUAAAAACAAACAAAAAUUAUACAAUUGCAUAAGUGUGCACACCCGAUUGCAACAAGGAUUGUGGGUAGCUGUGUUCAGAAUUCUUCAAUCCCAUUAUAAGUCAUGUUAAAUAAGACUCAGUCAUUCCUUGAUAUAUCACAAAAGCCUUUUGAACAAGGGUGUGUAGACUUUUUUUUUUUUUACCAUUUCCAACUAGAUUCAUACUUUUUAGUGAGUAAGCAGAUGGAGGGGAUGGAUCUGAAUUCAUCACUAUGUUCUUUACGCAGACACAUGAUAAGCUAAUCAAGUCCAGCUAUCCUGCAGGUCCAGGAUUGAAACAGGUUUCUCACAUAUUUAGCAGACAACGCAAGAACCAAACCUUUGCAUGCAGUACUACGAGUCACACAAAAAAAAAAAUGAGAAAAAUGAUUCAUUUUGCUUCCGAUUUAUUUGGAUGCCACUUAACUGGAAUCAGUGGGUGAACACGUUUGAACCCACCCCAGUAUUUUUUUGCACGUAUCGGUGUAAAUCAGCAUUUACACUGAGGUAUGAGAACUGUUUGUGUAUCUUCGGCUGUAUGCCCGUCUUCUCUGAAAUGUGACUCAGGGGUUAUGGACAAUUGCACUGCAGUUUACAGUAUCCAGAAUACUGUAAUAGUCCUCUUUAUACAAUGUGCAUUAUUACUUAGGUCACGGCUGUGCACCUACUGUUUAUGACACUAUUAUUUGUAGACAAAAGCAUGGUUUUUUUUUUUCUAUCUGUAUAGUUAUUGUUUUUGCACCACUUGCUAGCCCAAAGUAGCACACGUUAUAACGAUGUCAGCAUACGUGUCUCUUUUACCACGUAGAAAGUUAGUGUUUGCACAUAAACAGCCCCGAAAUAGGGUCUCGUGCCUACAAUGUCAAUACAAAUGCUACGUCAGAUUAUUCUUAACAUAUCAACAAGUUGUUUCUUUUCCCAGCACAAUUUUGUUGGACUCUGAAAUAUUGCUAGAAACUAAUAAUGAAAUUAAUAAUAUUGCCAGAUGUUAAAAAACAAGUCUAUUUUUGUUUACUGCUGCUUUUCAUUAUUUUAAAAAGUAGGAUUUGUUUUGAAACAGGGAUCGGCAAUAAAAGGACACAUUUAAAAAC